AGACACGAUAGGGAGAUAAAAACUCUGCACAAAGCCAAAUUUAGUGGGCGGCAAGUGCCAAUUUUUUUCUCAUUAAUUUCUCUCUCACUCUCCUUACUUUCUUCUUCCUUCUUUAUUUAAACUUUUCUGCUUUAUCUUUCACUUUCAAAUUGCAUUGGUUUUGAUAACCUGCAAAGACCUUGAGAGGACUUCUCUCUCUUUUCUCCCUCUGUGUAUCUGUAUCUGUCUAUUUUUUGAUUCAUUUAGAAGCAUAAACCAUUUGAGUUUAGAGGCUUAACAAGAGUUUUGAAGAAGGUAAUAGGUAGAGGCGAUGGCAGCUCCAAAACCAGAAGAGAUAAGUCACCCACCAAUGGACCAACUUCAAGGUUUAGAGUACUGUAUUGACUCCAACCCAUCUUGGGGAGAAGCUAUAGCUCUUGGUUUCCAGCAUUACAUUUUGGCAUUAGGAACUGCUGUUAUGAUCCCUUCAUUUCUUGUUCCUUUGAUGGGUGGUGAUCAUGGUGAUAAAGUGAGGGUGGUGCAGACUCUGCUAUUUGUCGAGGGGAUCAAUACACUUCUGCAGACACUAUUCGGGACGCGUUUACCCACCGUGAUUGGAGGGUCAUAUGCAUUUAUGGUCCCAAUCAUAUCAAUCAUUCACGACCCUUCCUUGAUGAGCAUUCAAGACAAUCACGUGAGAUUUCUCAACACCAUGAGAGCAGUCCAAGGUGCUCUAAUAGUAUCAUCAAGUAUACAGAUCAUUUUGGGGUACAGCCAAUUGUGGGCAAUUUGUUCCAGGUUUUUCAGUCCGCUUGGAAUGGUUCCAGUCAUUUCAUUAGUGGGUUUUGGUCUGUUUGAUAGAGGCUUCCCUGUGGUUGGACGGUGCGUGGAGAUUGGCAUUCCCAUGCUUAUCCUAUUCAUAUCCUUCUCCCAGUACUUAAAGAACUUUCAGACAAGACAACUACCAAUACUUGAGCGGUUUGCUCUCCUUAUAUCUAUCACAGUGAUAUGGGCAUAUGCACACCUCUUGACAGCCAGUGGUGCAUACAAACAUCGUCCAGAGCUUACCCAAAUUAAUUGUCGAACGGACAAGGCCUAUCUCAUUUCUUCCGCUCCAUGGAUAAAGAUCCCAUAUCCUCUCCAGUGGGGCGCUCCCACAUUUGAUGCUGGUCAUUGUUUUGGAAUGAUGGCUGCUGUAUUUGUCUCACUGAUUGAGUCUACUGGAGCAUAUAAGGCUGCAUCACGUCUAGCAAGUGCCACACCGCCUCCAGCUCAUGUGCUUAGCCGUGGUAUUGGCUGGCAGGGCAUUGGGAUUCUUCUAGAUGGACUCUUUGGAACAUUGAGUGGGUCAACUGUCUCUGUAGAGAAUGUGGGGCUGCUUGGAAGUACUCGUGUUGGCAGCCGCAGGGUUAUCCAAAUCUCAGCUGGUUUUAUGAUAUUUUUCUCAAUGCUAGGAAAAUUUGGAGCUUUAUUUGCAUCAAUACCCUUCCCCAUAUUUGCUGCAGUGUAUUGUGUUUUGUUUGGUCUUGUUGCUUCGGUGGGCUUGUCAUUUUUGCAAUUCACAAACAUGAACUCGAUGAGGAACCUUUUCAUCACCGGAGUUGCAUUCUUUCUCGGUUUGUCCGUCCCUGAGUACUUCAGAGAAUACACAGCCAAGGCCUUUCAUGGCCCUGCUCAUACUCGAGCUGGAUGGUUCAAUGAUUUUCUGAACACCAUCUUCUUCUCAUCCCCAACUGUUGCAUUGAUUGUUGCUGUUUUCUUAGACAACACGCUUGACUACAAGGACAGUGCUAGAGAUAGAGGAAUGACAUGGUGGGUAAGAUUCCGGUCAUUUAAUGGAGACAGCAGGAAUGAGGAGUUUUACACCCUUCCCUUCAACCUCAAUCGUUUCUUCCCUCCAUCAUGAAGUGGCUCCGUCACCAAAGAAAAAUGUUAGAGGAAAAACAUCAUUUCCAGAUAAGGAUAUUUAUGGUGAUUGCAGCUGCAAUGAAGAAGAGUGUAAAGAUCCAAAUGUUUUUCUUGCAGAGAAAAUGGCCUUUUCUUCCCCUUUUUCAUUGGUUUAUUAUGUAUAUGACCCUGGGCUUUCGAGUAUUAACAUUGAUUGCUUUUG